AUGGCUUCCAUUACUGAGCAGAAUGAUGGUAUCAACCGAAAGAAGUCCUUUUACCGGUCGGUGCCCUUCCAAAUCGCCGUGGCAGCUGGUGUAUCCUUUACUGCUCCAGGCAUGUGGGACGCUCUAGGAGGACUUGGAGCUGGAGGAGCUGCCGAACCAUUUGCAGUCUCCGCUGCAAACGCUAUCUUAUAUGCACUAUUUGCUGUCUUCUGUGUACUUGCGGGAGCUAUCAAUAAUCGGAUAGGAUUGAAAUGGGGGUUGGCAAUAGGUGUGAGUGAUUUUGCAAUCGGUUAUCCACUUUACGGAGCUGGGUUAUACACCAAUAACAAAACUGCCACUACAUGGUUUAUGAUCUUUGGAAGUGUAUGCUGUGGUAUUUCCGCUGGAUUCUUUUGGGCCGCUGAAGCAGCGAUUAUUAUCGGAUAUCCCAGUCCGAAAGAAAGAGGAUUUUACCUGGCUUGUUGGCAGACUGCUAAAGCUUCUGGACCGAUCAUUGGAGGCGCGAUAACAUUAGGUUUGAACGCGAACCGUGAAACCGCUGGAUCAGUGGGAUCCGCGACUUAUAUCGUCUUCAUAGUCCUCAUGUGUCUUGGUUUACCCAUCGCUCUAUGCUUGAGCCCUGCUUCAAAAGUAUGGCGAAAAGACGGGACCAGAGUCGUUGUACAUAAACACGCCUCAUUGUGGGAAGAAUUGAGAGCUGUUGUGAAAUUAGCAACCUCAAGGAGAAUCGUCCUUCUCGUUCCGGCUUUCUUUAUCAGUUAUUUCUAUAACCCAUUCGUUAGUACUUGGUUAACAAGUUAUUUCACUGUACGAUCCAGAGCCUUUUCAUCAUUCUUUACUCCAUUCGCUGGUAUCUGCAGUUCUUUCAUCAUCGGAACUUUUUUAGAUAAACAAUCAAUCCAUAUCCGUACUCGUGCAAGAAUAGCUUUUGCUACGAUUGUGAUUAUUAUGACUGGAACAUGGAUCUGGGCAAUCAUUCUACAGAAGAGAUUUUAUGAUAAUCCACCUGUAUUUGAUUGGUUUCAAGGUGGCUUUGGAUCCGCAUACGCUUUAGUAUUCUUGUGGACUUUUAUCGGUCAAUCGUUCCAACAAUACCUCUAUUGGGUAGUUGGCCAAUAUACCACGGAUCUAUCAUCACUCUCUCAUCAUACAGGUAUUCUUCGUGGACUUGAAGCUUUAGGUCAAACUGUAGCAUGGGCAAUGCAAAGUGAAGCAGGAGUCAAUCAUUUCGUUAGUAUAGGAAUGAAUUUCGGUAUACUCCUUAUAGCUGUCAUUCCUACUUGGAUAGUCGUAUCGGCUCUUGAUCAUACUCAUGAAAUAGUAGUAACGGAACAAACGGGCAUUCCUGGAAAAAACGAUGAGGAAGAGGAUAUAGUAAAAUCAGGAGGUCAUACUCCCGCUCUGAGCGAAUAA